ACGACAGCGACGAUAUCGAUCUCCCGGUCAAUCCAACCUCACCCGCAACCCCCUCACCCUUGGCCCCGGACCUCGCUCUCCGUUCGACAAACCACUUCUUCUCUCGACCUAGAUCGUUCCCGUACUUCGGCUCCUUCUCCCUCGUUAAUCCAUCAAACAGGAAAAGGAACAACAAAAAUGGCUACCGCUACUCUGCCUUCGGAUGUUAACAAGGUCGCCCAGGAGGGUACCGUCAAGCUCUUUGGACGUUGGAACACCAACGAUAUCGAGGUCAAGGACAUCUCCCUCGUCGACUACAUCAACGUUCAACAUGCCGUCUACGUUCCCCACACCGCCGGCCGAUACGCCAAGAAGCAGUUCGCCAAGGGCCGUAUGCCUAUCGUCGAGCGUCUCGUCAACUCGUUGAUGAUGAACGGAAGGAACAACGGAAAGAAGCUCUUGGCCGUCAGGAUCGUCGCCCACGCUUUCGAGAUCAUCCACUUGUUGACCGACCAGAACCCCAUCCAGGUCUUGGUUGACGCCAUCGUCAACACCGGUCCCCGAGAGGACUCUACCCGAAUCGGUUCCCAGGGAACCGUCAGGCGACAGGCCGUCGAUGUCUCUCCCCUCAGGAGGGUCAACCAGGCCAUCGCCCUCUUGACCAUCGGUACCCGAGAAUCCGCUUUCCACAACGUCAAGUCCAUCUCGGAAUGUCUCGCCGACGAGCUCGCCAACGCCGCCAAGGGUUCUUCCAACUCGUACGCCAUCAAGAAGAAGGACGAGCUCGAGCGUGUAGCCAAGAGCAACCGAUAAACGCCUCAUUUACCAACAUUUCACCAUACACAUCUCUGUUGGUUGGGUUUUUUAUCGGAUUGGGUCUUGGGAAAGAGAGGAUGGAGGGGACGAUACGAUGCGCGUUUGUGGAGGAUGAUGGCGGUCUCUUUGUGAAGAGGUCGUUGUUGUAUUCGCGGCGCAAACGAGGAGGCAAGGGCUCGUCUCUUGGUCCCUGCCUCUUCGGGGAUGAUCGACUCGUAUGAAAUGAAUCAUUGGGUCUUUUACUGCACGAUUAUGAUUUGGCCAAUCGCGGUCCGGUCGAUGUGUCAUGGUAAAUUCACGUGGGUUAUCUUGGUGUUUCACAUGCGCAUGCGAAUUGAAGGGCAGUACCUAUUUGUUGAGAGUAAGCGCCACCUAGGCAAUGCUCUUUGUUCAGCAUACGCGGGGUGGAUGACAUGAAACCUUGGCUGCUGCGGUUGGCCUGAGGUACGUCGCAGCUGGUUUUUCGCUAGUCUGCCAUCGGCAUGAUGAGAGCA